AGGCGCACCUCCGGUCGUGCCUUCCUUAGAAGACCCCAGCCCAUAGAGGAGGAAGGAGCGACUCUGGACUGUUCCUUCCUCAUUCUAAAGUCUUGAGGACGUGGGGAGCAGUCCAAAACUCCCCAUCCUACCCCACAGUUGAUCCGCCGGCACUCGGGUAUAUUCACCCAGAGACCCCGCAUCUCGGCUUUCGGCGAUUUAAGCCCUCAUGGACCGAGCUCGGCCUCCCCAAUUUGACAUGAAACGGCUUUGAUUUAUCUCUAGUUUGUCCAGAAACGUUCCCUAUUUCCCCGACCAUUGCUCAACGUCUGUCCAUGAUGUCUGGUUUUGGCACUUUUCGAAACCUCUCCCUCGAGCGCCAUGGCAAUGUGUUCGUCAUUACGAUGCAGAAGCCGCCAGAGAACCGGCUAAGCACAUGGUACUGCCAGGAGAUUAUUCGUGCUUUUCGCACUGUAGAACAGCUUUUGGGACCUGAUAGUGAAGGCGCAGUCAUUACUCGCGGUAACGACGCGAAGUUCUGGUGCACAGGCCUCGAACUGGACGAGUUAGACACAAAUCCCUUUGCGAACUCUGAUGGGUUCUACCCGCUUGUGCACACAGUCCUCGACUUUCCAUUCCCAACAAUUGCCCUCCUGACCGGGCAUACUUUUGGCGGCGCCUGCCCCUUUGCACUGGCCCACGACUACCGCAUCAUGAACUCCAAGCGCGGCUUCUUCUGCAUGCCACCGGUUGAUCUCGGUCUACAUUUUGACGGCAUCGGCUCGCUGCCGCGUCUCAAGCUCCGCCCGGAUAUUGCGGGGAAGAUGCUCCUCGAGGGACACCGCUGGACGGGCAAGGAAGCGCUCAGAGAUGGAAUUGUUCAUGCCGUUGCGGAGCCCGAAGAGAUGCUCGAGGCCGCGCUGGAGAUGGGGAGAAAGUGGGCGCCCAAGGCGAAGAUGGGGGUGUACUCUGUUCUGAGGGCAGAACUCUGGGGCGAGGCGAUUCAGAAGUUUCAGCGGAUUAGCUAUGUCCAUGGCAGGCAGACGUCCGUGCCGGCCAAGGCGAAGAUAUAAUCGCGUGCUGGGUCCUUUCAUAUAUUAUCAAAUCAAAGAGACUACGUCGACUAGACCGCUUGUGCGUUGCUUUCUAGAUAAUUCGUACACCUGGUGGCCGCCACGGAUUGUUCACUUUUCCAGGGAGUCGUACGCUUUUCUUAUCUAUAUUCUCUUGGCCUUAAAUGAGGUUGCCUCUGGAACUUUCUCGCCCCAGUGGCUCUCUAGCAACUGUCCAAUAGCUCAACGUGAGGGACUGUCGAUGAUCCUAC